AUGCUACAGGUAUGGUCCUGGUCAGGGAAGGCUAAGAGGACGCCUCACAUAUGGGUAGCAAGAGGGCGCUUAUGCCCUGACGGUGGGGCCUUAUGGGAUAGGGCCCAUCCCAAUAGGGACAACACCCCCCCUUCAAGCGCACCUCUGUAUCGACUGGAUCACUCUUUUGGUCUAGUCGGUGGAACUGGUAAAUCACGCGAGCUGGUUAGGUGCGUGGGGCAGAGGGCUCGUAGUAAUAGAGGAAAUGUUACUUGGGCCAGGGCGGAGGAUUCCAACUCAAGGUCUAGACUUGAUAUAUUUCUGAUAUCUUUCUCCUGGGAUGAGCUGGUGCUGAAUGUGCUGCAGAUUCCUUUACCUAGGCUGAUUUCAGAUCAUUUGCCUAUCUUGCUAGAUGGAUUCAGAGGGACGGGGGUGCGUGCUCCUUUCCGAUUCGAGAAUAUGUGGUUGAAAGUGCCAGGAUUUGGUGACAAGGUGAAAGAAUGGUGGACAAGCUACGGGGUAUUAGGGACGCCUUCAUUUCGUCUUUCGAAGAAACUUAAAUUGCUCAAAGGAGAUAUUAUUAGGUGGAAUAAGGAGGUUUUUGGGAGGGUAGAGGUUAAAAUGAUGGAGCUUAUGCAUGAAUUGGGAGAAUUAGAGAGAGGGGAAGGGGCGAGGGAGUUAGAUGAAUAUGAGAAAGCGAGAUUGGGGGAUGUUAAUAGGGAAAUAGUCGAGUUAGCAAUAGCUCAGGAGACUAGUUGGCGGCAAAAAUCGAAGGCGCCCUGGGGAUUCGAAUUCCACAGGGUGGCGGUUGCAAAUCGAAGGAGAAACUUCAUAGAGUCCUUAGUUGUGGAUGGGGAAGUUAGUUGGAGGUCGACUUUGGGGGGAAUAGAGUUCAACCACAUAGGGGAGGGAGACAAUGAGUGGCUAGAAAGGGCUUUCGAGGAGGAGGAGGUGCACGAGGCUGUGUCGAGUUGUGCUGGUGAUAAGGCCCCCGGGCCUGAUGGUUUCUCCUUGGCCUUCUUCCAGCUCUGUAGGGACACCAUCAAGGGGGAGUUGAUGGAAGCCAUUGAAUACUUCCAUGUGAAUGGUGUUUUCGAGAGAAGUAUAAGUGCUUCUUUUAUUACUAUUGUGCCUAAGAAAGAAGGUGCAUUUUGUAUCAGAGACUACAGGCCUAUUAGUCUCGUGGGGAGCAUUUACAAGAUUAUUUCUAAAGUGCUUUCCAACAGACUCAAGAAGGUUCUUGACGUGUCUGUUUCGUCCUCCCAGAAUGCAUUUGUGGAAGGUAGGCAGAUCCUGAAUGAUGCUUUGGUGGCAAAUGAACUUGUAGACUCUAGAAGGAAAAAUAGAGAACCCUGCUUACUAUGCAAGUUGGACCUUGAGAAGGCUUUCGAGCAUGUCAAUUGGGAGUUCCUGGAUUUCAUUAUGAAGCAGAUGCGGUUUGGGGCAAGAUGGAGGGAUGGAUCAAGUUUUGCAUUUCCUCAGUCAGAUUCUCUGGGCUGGUUAAUGGUAUCCUGUGUGGUUUCUUUGGCUGCUCCAGGGGUCUCAGGCAAGGUGACCCCCUAUCCCCAUGCUAUUCAUUCUAGUGAUGGAUGCUCUGAGUAA